UAUUAUUCUCUUUCCAUCCGCAAUCAGCAUUUCAGAAUCGAACCCCGCAUAUCUCCCAUGGUAGCCGAAUCCUCAACCCCUAGACGGAAACCUAGGUUGCCACUGCUCGGCGUUAUCACUUAUUAAUCUACGGCCGGCGGCUCUUUCCCAACUCCGUUCAUGGCUUCCAGAGGAACAAGAAAGGGCGGAACUCAUCGGAUGGAUGGGGCUAUUGCUGCGCUGACACCGCUCGGGUUUUCGAAGAAGCUGAUAUGCGAUACAAUCAGAGAGCUCAUAAAAGGAGUUAUAGAAAAGUUGAUUGCAUGGCAGGCGUAUGAGGACAAUGAUGCCGGCUGGUAUUUUGUUGAAGAAAAUUAUUACAGGAUGGUGAUAGAUAAGAUCAUGGAAGAACAAGACAAGAAAAACGAAGAGGAUAAAGCAGUGGUAGCUGUGGAAGGUAGGACAACAGGAACUUCUGGGCAAGCUCUUCUUGCGUUUGAAGAUGGUAGCUGCAGCAAUAGAGAGCUUUCAAGCAUGGUGACGUUUUCAUCGAAAUGGACUCCCAUAGAAAUGGAAGUAAACUGCGAUAUGGCGGCCGACAUUGAACUUAGCAAAUUCAACCCUACACCGGCACCGAAAAGGAAGCCAUGCUAUGGUUGGAUUAGUGAGGAUGAAGACUAGGGAUUCAAGAGGGCAUUGUGAUGAAUUUGAGCUCUUUUGCUUCCAUUUUCUUAGUGAAAGAAAGUAUAUGUAGUUUGAUAAAUGAUAUUACAAUAUGAGUAUCAUGCUAAGUAGGAAUACAAAAUGAGUUUGUCUAUUA